CGCAAAUGGAUAAGAAAGGUCUAAGCCAUCAGGUGCCCAGUUUAGGAAAAAGAGGAAAGAAAAAGAAGAGAAAUGCGCAAAAGAUAAAGGUCAUCGCUGGAUGUGGAAGUUCUAAUUGCCACCUAACCACCUUUUACCACCUAAAGAUGAAGCUUGCUAAGGACUACUAGUAGGACCAAAAGAUGAGCCCCAUAUCCAGCGGUUCAUCAACCUCAGAGGUCAUUACAGUGCUUUCUGGGAUUCCCUUCUCUGUGAAGGAUACAUAUAAUUUUAAGGUGCCUACUUUCUGGAACAGCCUUCACAUCGGGAGCACGCCUAUGAUGCCUUAAAAUGCUGCACCCAAAGACAGCUUACUAGUUCAGACAGCAUGCCGAAGCAUGUGGAAGUACGAAUGCAUGAGAGCCACCUGGAGCCAACUGAGGACUGGCCACGAUCCAAAUGGGGCACAGUAUGCCAGAAGAUUCGCAAGAACCUGCUACUCACACUGACUGUGAUGGGUGUGAUUUUGGGAGCUGUCACUGGUGUGCUGCUGCGUGUUGCUUCCCCCAUUGAUGACAACAUCGUCAUGGUUAUUGCCUUCCCUGGAGAUAUUCUGAUGAGGAUGCUAAAAAUGCUCAUUCUUCCCUUAAUUAUAUCCAGCUUAAUCACAGGUCUCUCUGGUCUGGAUGCAAAAUCAAGUGGUCGUCUGGGUUCCAGAGCCAUGAUCUAUUAUAUGUCCACUACUGUCAUUGCUGCUGUGCUGGGAGUUAUCUUGGUCCUGCUCAUUCACCCCGGAAAUCCAAAACUGAAGGAGAAUCUAGGAGAAGGUGCAGAGAAUGACGAGGUCUCCAGUCUUGAUGCCUUUUUUGACCUUAUCAGAAACCUGUUCCCGGAGAACUUGGUUCAAGCUUGCUUCCAGCAGAUCCAGACGGUUGUGAAGAAGGUAGAAGUUCAACCUGAUUUCGACGACACCAACAGCAGCAUGGCUGACUACCACGCUAACGCCACCAAACCUCCACCCAUUUACAAAGUCAAAAAAUCCCUGCAGUUCAAGAGUGGAAUGAAUGUGUUGGGUGUAAUUGGAUUCUUCAUUGCCUUUGGUAUUUGUAUGGGAAAGAUGGGAGAGAAAGCCAGACUCCUGAUUGACUUUUUCAACAUUCUCAAUGAGAUUGUGAUGAAGCUGGUUAUCAUGAUUAUGUGGUACUCACCUUUCGGCAUUGCCUGCUUGAUCUGUGGGAAGAUCAUUUCCAUUAAAGAUCUGGAGGUGGUGGCGAGGCAGCUGGGAAUGUACAUGGUGACAGUUAUCAUUGGUCUGAUCAUCCACGGUGCCAUAUUCCUGCCCUGUAUCUACUUUGCAAUUGUGAGGAAAAAUCCCUUCUCGUUCUUCAUGGGGAUCUUCCAGGCCUGGAUCACAGCUCUGGGCACAGCCUCGAGCGCUGGUACCCUUCCCGUCACAUUCCGCUGUCUUGAGGAGAACCUGGGCAUUGACAAGAGAGUCACACGUUUUGUGCUUCCAGUUGGAGCAACGAUUAACAUGGACGGAACGGCGCUCUAUGAGGCUGUGGCUGCCAUUUUUAUUGCCCAGAUGAAUGGAAUUUACUUAGAUCCUGGUCAGAUCAUCACUGUCAGUCUUACAGCAACACUUGCGAGUGUUGGAGCAGCCAGUAUUCCCAGUGCUGGACUGGUUACAAUGUUGCUCAUUCUGACAGCAGUUGGGCUGCCCACUCAAGACAUCAGUCUGUUAGUAGCUGUUGACUGGCUUCUGGAUCGUUUCCGUACCUCAGUCAAUGUGGUUGGAGACUCAUAUGGCGCUGGUAUCGUGUACCACCUGUCCAAGGCGGAGCUGGAUGCCCUGGAUGCCCAGCAUGGGAAAUCAGAUGACACUGAGAUGAUGACUAAGACCCAGUCCUACUACGAUGACCUCAAAAACCAUCAUGAAAACAACUCCAACCAGUGCGUCUAUGCUGCUCAAAAUUCAGUCUUGGUAGAUGAUUGCAAGGUAAUCUUGGCAGCCACAAACGGUUCAAUUGCGGAGUAUACACAUGUUGAGGAAGAACCGAGGAAAAACAAUUAAUGCAAGCACACAGACCUCCAGCACCCAAAAAGAGAAGAAAACAGACCUACACAAUGCACAAAUGAUGGGUUUUGCAGUUUUUAUUUUACUUUAUUUUUUUAUCCCUUUUCUAACAUGUUUAACAAUAUCUUCAGGUUGUCUGAUGUAACAAGAAUAUGAGGCCAAAAGCUCACACAUGCAGCUGACAUGAUAAUAUGAGGCAGUUACGUAAAUUAUUCAUGAUGCUAAUAUAUGUAAAUAUUUAUAUGAAAUUCCAAAUCUAUGUAUGUUGAGGAGUGGUUUUCAUAAGGUAAGGGGAAAAUUCACAGUUAACUCAGUUCACUGGAUUUAUUUCAUGCAGUCAUUACCCUACACAUUACCCUACCAGCUGCUCUCGAUAUGAAAAACACAACAGAAAAAGCCCCAUUCCUCUGCCUCUAGUUCCUUUUGACUCACACUGACAAAUUAACUAUACCUUGCACAACAACUCUUUGUCCGAUCAAAUCUUUUAAGCACUGCUCUCAUAAGGGUAAUGUGGUGUUGCUAGGAUACAAAAGUAGGGACAGAGUCGACUGUAGAUAGGUGGAACUUAAAGCACAAGUAGCACCUCCCCCUCUGCUGCUGCUUUAUCACAUCACUCAAAAGGGUGGGAUUUUCUAUUCUGUCAAGGAAAAGGAUGAUAAAAUGUUGCUCAUUAUUUGCAUGUUGCUGAGCCUGUGGCUCACAUGCACAAAAGCAAAAGAACCUUUCAGCACAUUAUCAGUCUACUGUUUCAUGUCUUUUCAUGCCUCAUUCAGAUUUACUGAAAUACACUUAAAUUUGCAAUGUGCGCCUUAUUUUAAGUUCAUGUAAAAGCACAAACUGUCUAUUUUUGUUGUACAACCAAAACAAAGCCUGAGCAUUUGUCAAUCGAACAAUGAACAUAGAGUUGAUGCCACCAGUGUGAAAAAAAUCCAGAACACCAUCUUUUUAAAUUUUAUUAUUUUACACAGUGUUUUGUGGUAAAUCUAGUUUGGCAUCAUUGGUGACUCAAAAUGAGAUGCAUAAAUCAAUGCGUUCAGUAGUUCAGUAGGACCCAUCAUCCUUUGUUCCAGAUACAAAUUCAGUUUGUAUAAGUAUUCUGAAUUUGAUCUAAAUUUACAGUUGAAGUCAAAAGUUUACAUACACUUAGGCUGAAGUCAUUAAACUCAUUUUUUAAUCACUCCACAGAUUUAAUAUUAGCAAACUCUAGUUUUGGCAAGUCGUUUAGGACAUCAAUUUUGUGCAUGACACAAGUAAUUUUCAACUGUUUAGAUUGUUUCACUUUUAAUUGACUAUAUCACAAUUCCAGUGGGACAGAAGUUAACAUACACUAGUUAUACGGUGCCUUUAAGCAGCUUGGAAAAUUCCAAAAAAUGAUGUCAAGCCUUUAGACAAUUAGCCAGUUAGCUUCUGAUUGGAGGUGUACUGAAUUGGAGGUGUACCUCUGGAUGUAUUUUAAGGCCUACCUUCAAACUCAGUGCCUCUUUGCUUGACAUCAUGGGAAAAUCAAAAGAAAUCAGCCAAAUACCUUAGAAAAACAAUUGUGGACCUCCACAAGUCUGGUUCUUCCUUGGGAGCAAUUUCCAAAUGCCUGAAGGUACCACUUUCAUCUGUACAAACAAUAGUACGCAAGUAUAAACACCAUGGGACCACGCAGCCAUCAUACUGCUCAGGAAGGAGAUGCAAUCUGUCUCCUAGAGAUGAACGCAGUUUGGUGCGAAAAGUGCAGUUCAAUCUCAGAACUACAGCAAAGGACCUUUUGAAGAUGCUGGAGGAAACAGGUAGACAAGUAUAUAUUGUAUACUAUAUCCACAGUAAAAUGAGUCUUAUAUCGACAUAACCUGAAAGGCUGCUCAGCAUGAAAGAAGCCACUGCUCCAAAACCGCCAUAAAAAAGCCAGGCUACAGUUUGCAAGUGCACAUGGGGACAAAGAUCUUACUUUUUGGAGAAAUGUCCUCUGGUCUAAUGAAACAAAAAUUUAACUGUUUGGCCAUAAUGACCAUCGUUAUAUUUGCAGGAAAAAGGGUGAGGCUUGCAAGUUGAAGAACACCAUCCCAACCGUGAAGCAUGGGGGUGGCAGCAUCAUGUUGUGGGGGUGCUUUGCUGCAGGAGGGACUGGUGCAUUUCACAAAAUAGAUGGCAUCAUGAGGAAGGAAAAUUAUGUGGAUAUAUUGAAGCAACAUCUAAAGACAUCAGCCAGGAAGUUAAAGCUCGUUCGCAAAUGGGUCUUCCAAAUGGACAAUGACCUCAAGCAUACCUCCAAAGUUGUGGCAAAAUGCAAUCCGAUAGAAAAUUUGUGGGCACAGCUGAAAAAGCAUGUGCGAGCAAGGAGGCCUACAAACCUGACUCAGUUACACCAGUUCUGUCUGAAGGAAUGGGCCAAAAUUCCAGCAACUUGUUAUGAGAAGCAUGUGAAAGGCUACGCAAAACGUUUGACCCAAGUUAAACAAUUUAAAGGCAAUGCUACCAAAUACUAUCAAAGUGUAUGUAAACUUCUGACCCCCUGUGAAUGUGAUGAAAGAAAUAAAAUCUGAAAUAAAUCAUUCUCUUUACUAUUAUUCUGACAUUUCACAAGUAGUUAUCCUAACUGAGCUAAGACAGGGAAUGUUUUCUACGAUUAAAUGUCAGGAAUUGUAAAAAAAAAAAAAAAAAAAAAAAAAGUUUAAAUGUAUUUGUCUAAAGUGUUAACUUCUGAUUUCAACUGUAGGUUCUGACCAAAAUCAAUGUUUUCCUCCAUAGAAGUAUUACUCAGGCAUAUAAAAUAUAUAUGAUUUUGUCAGGGAUAAAACAUUCUUAAUGUAGGCAGAUCGUUUGUAUUAUGGCCCUGUUAACAUGCUGGAGAGAACUGUUUACCUGUUUUUACAAUCUAAGUGGGUUUACAUUUCAUUUUUAAAUACUGUACCUAAUACCUUCAUGUAUUUUACUGCUCACGUCUCUCAAAAUUUCUUGCAUUAUUUUUUGUCUACAUCCCUUUUAAAUGAGCUAAAGUUUUUCUUACCUCAAAGACAAAUUGCCAAGGCUAUUGUAAUUUCCUCUUUUUAAUAGCAGUUUUUGUUUGAAACUCUGAAAAAUGACAAAUAAUAUAAACAUUGAUCAAAUCAUAAUAAAGAGGAGGAUCUUACUGCUAAGCUGAUCCAAAGCACUACCUCUGGAUGUACCAUCCACUUAUCCCUCUCUGUACAUGUGAGUGAAUAUCUGUCCCUUAAAAUAGAUGACAGUUUUUAGCCCCACCAUGUUGCAAAAGUCUGAUACAUUCAACUCAUUGUUAUUUCCUGCCAAGACUGACCAAUUCACAUCCACAUACCUCAGCCAAUCAGUGGUCCAAAUGCAAAUCCUUUUAAAUGGAUUCAAGGAUCUCUUUCCUUCCACACAUAUUUGAUUACAGGAUAAUAAAAUGGACAAUUUUGUUGUUGUUGUUGUUUUAAACUACCUUGCCUUUUACAAAGCUUAACACAAAUAUUCAUAAAAAAUCUGUCCUUAAUAGUUUUAAUUGGUCACUAUGAAGCUUUGCAAACUAAACAGUUCUUUGUUGUUUCAGUGUUAUUUCUUUUGCCAAGAAAAGUAAUGCCAUAUAAGCAUGAAUUCAUUUCGCUACAUUUACAAUAUAGUGAGUGGAAUGAGAAUGUGAGUUUUAGAUGUUGUGAGUCUGUUGCUUUACAGAUAAGGCAGAUGUCUUGACAUUCGAGAUUGUUUGGUCAUCUGGGUUGAGCGAUGAGCCACUGUUGUGUUUUAUUUCACUGUUGUUAGAUGCAUGGACAUUCAAUGUUUUUGCACCAGUUUCUUAAAAGCAUGACAUUAAAGUGCCUCCUUCGCACUUUGUGUACAUAUUGUAGGUAACAUUUGUCUUAUAUUUUUCAGUUGUAGAAACAUGGAGAUAGUGUUUAAAUGAUUUGACAAUUUAAAUGGUGUUUAUUUUUUUUUUUUUUGUAAUCCGAUAGAAAUGUAUAUCUUUGUGUUGCAUAAGAUCAUAUACUAUAGUAAAAUGUCUAGAGCUGUAGUAUAUUGCCUGUUUUUAAUUCUGACUAGCUGUAGCUUCCUCAGCAGUUGCAUUUCCAUUCUUGUAUCUGAUUUAUGUUUAGAAUGUUUUCCCCCCACAUAAAUUCAUGUGGCAUUAACAUUUACAUUGAAUAUCAUACUAUAAAAUAAAAAUAAAAUAUAUUAUAUAUAUAUAUAUUUGUAGACGUUUGCAUUAGGUAUGGCAUUUCAAAGUAAUUUUUGAAGAUACUAUACAAUACACAUAAUUUUUGAACCUGAUAGUCUGAUAUUUUACAUACAGGUGCAUCUCAAUAAAUUAGAAUG